UUGUCCUGUACCACCACCCUCUCCUCCCUCAAUCCUCUCCAUUCACGCGCCAGCGUAUUUCAAGCCCUUCAGGACAUGCUUGCAGUCCCAGGCUCCUCCCAAACGAACUCCGAAACCGGGAUCCGGGUGGUGGUAACACCAGCCCAGUCCUCGUAUUUCGCUGGCGAACCCUUCGCAGUUACGGUUACUUUCACGAACACACGACCACCGGCAACGACGAACGCGCCACGACCUUCCAUAUCCACACAUAAGCGGGCAGCUCAUUCGAUUAGUUCCGCGCCGCUCGCCAGGCCGCCGACUUCCCCGCGUACACCGCGCGCGCCCACAACUGUAUAUGCACCGUCACCGCUCUCACGAUCACAAAACCGUAUAUCGAGCCGGAAGGGCCUCAUAGGAAAGCGGGACGAGGAGGAGGAGGACGCGAGCGUACGGUCGAGGCAGCUGUCCCUGAGCAUCGACUUGCGGCGGCAGAUAUUAGAAGGUGGACCGAAGUCUGCAACCGUUGAAUCCCCCCGCUACAAUAUUCCGGACGUAGCCCCGCGACAUACGCCGGAAGCUCCGCGUCUGAACGCGCGUUCGCAUACGCUCCCCCUCUCCUCCACGCACCCCCACGCGCGCAAGCAGUCUGUGUUAGACGGCCAGGUGCAGCUACCAGACAUCUCCGCAUCCCCCAGCACGCCCAACCUCGACACCAUCUCCGAGACGUCCCCUCCCCUCGCCAAGGCCUUCGUCCCGCGCCCCUCCAUCGCCGAAAGCACCUCUGCCGGGCACCUUGCACCUCUCCCGCGCCAUCCCGCGAAGCUUGGCUUAGGCCUCCCCUCCCCGUCAAAUAACAAGCUCCCCCUGACCGGCCGCACAUCCUUCUCAACCACAUUCCCCCAGCCAAAUACUGAACUUGUACUAUAUUCCUAUGCGCAGCUCUCGGGCACCGUGCAUGUUGCCCCGGAUUACACCGUACAGACGCAGGAACUGCGUGCCCUGCGUGCGUCGCUCAAGCGCAGCGGUGCAAUCGGCGGUGGGAAUAUGAACAUCUUGUCCCCCAAUCCCAUUGCACGAAGACGACCACAUUCGCGUUCUGCAUCGCUCAGCGCGUCUGCUUCAGGCUUAAUAUCCUCCUUGCUCGCCUCUUCGCCCAACCUCUCGCCUUCGGUCUCCGCCAACGCCCGCCUCGGGCAUCGCUCGACCGGGAGCGCCUCCUUUCCGUCAUUACCUUCUGCUGGCUCACUCAUCGCUGCCACACCCGCCGACAUCGAAGACGUAGACCCAACGCAACCAUUACCUACCCUCGACGUGCAGCCCGCCAUGCUCGCCGUCGACCUCAGCCUCCUCCCCGGCGAGUCGCGUAAAUACACCUACACCCUCCCCCUCCCUGCCAACCUCCCUCCGACAUUCCGCGGUCGCAAUCUCCGCUUCUCCUACGAGCUCGUCAUCGGCGUCUGCCGCGCAGGCGCAGCUCCAGGAGCGGGCGGCGUGAGCCGCGUGAUGAAGGUGCCAAUACGGCUCUACAACAACGUUUCUGUGGGCCGUUUAUCGAGGCCGUAUGACUUGCUCUGGCCCGUGGGCAGGAGAAUAGCGAGGGAUGAGAAUGGGAAGGUGAGGGAAGAGGUGGAUCAUGCGCUGAGGCGACCGUCGCCGAAGUUGCCUGGGCAGGGGGAGAAAGAGGGCUCUAUCAAUGAGUUGAGGGAGUAUGCGGAAGGUCUGGCGCACGGAGUGACAGACUCGCCCCAGCUCAGCUUAAUCCUUGGCCGCCCGGCGCGGUGGAAGUCAAACAGCGAGAUGGACACCGACGAGGACGCCUCAGAAAAGGUCUCCAGUUGCAGAGAGGCGGUGGAGAUCCUGACCCGAACACCGAAGAAAGCCUCGUACGACGUGAACAAGGACAACGUCAAGGUCGCGGUGCUGACCUUCACCAAGUCUGCCUACCGAUUGGGCGAGACCGUCCUUGGCGUCGUAGAGGUCAACGCGCGCGACAGUCGCUCGCGCGUCCUCCAACUCUCUGCCUUCCUCGAAUCCCACGAAACCCUACCUCACUCCCUCCAAUCGCCAUCCACACCUCCCCACCGCCGCUUGCACGCCGAGCACCACGCCUCCUUCGUCCUCUCCACCCUUCGCGCGACCUUCGCCCUCGACAUCCCCUCCGACGGCAGCCCCGCGUUCGACGUGAGCGCCGGCGGCUACCCGCUUGCGCCCGGCGGCUUGCAGUGGAAGGUCCGCCUCUGCUUGCUCGUCGCGGUCGCGGCGGACGAUGCAGAUCAGGGUACGGAGGGCGUCCGGCUGAAAAGCCUUGUGCGUGACGGGCCGCGGGGCGAGUGGGGGUCUGCCUGGAGCGCGACGGAAGGCAUUGCGCCACUCGUGCGAGAGCCACAACGCGCGCGACCGCCAACGCACCGCGCAGCGCCGUCGUGGGGAUACGGGCUGGGCACGCUCACUGCUGCGCUGCUUGGUACUGGGGGCGUGGAGGGCGAGAAUGAAGGGGACAAGGCGGACGUCACGAUCAACGGGUCGGGCGAGUCCGACGGCAUCAAGCCCGACCCUGCUGGCGGUGUCGGCGUGGGCGUCAACUUCGGGGGCAAGGAGGACGGCUGGCGGCCGGUACGCGUCGAGACGGUCGAGUGCGAACUGCCGAUCAAGGUGUGGCCAGGGAACACUGCGUUCAAGGCGCUGGACGUGGUGUUCGAUGUGUAGGAGGUGGAAGGGGGAGAUGGACCCUCCUCUGGAAGUCACCGAGACCGACUCUCUGUAUCUUUAUUUUAGGCAGACUACAUGACUGAUGACUGCAACGAGACACGAGUAUCGGAUGCACGCUUUGAUAUGCCUACCUGCUCCAAGGG